GUUCGAGCCUGAUAACCAGUUAUACUGAUUUAUGUUCAUGUCGCCUUCAGGAAUUUUGAACGUUGUACUAGUCAUGAUAUCAGUCGUGGGCACACCAAUGCAUGACCAGAUAUCCAACUGGCCUGGCAAACUGGGCCCCGGAUUGCUCUAACUCUUGUACAACGUCAGGAAGUCCACAUAUCGACAGACGCGUCUCAGCUUAACCACGGCGCAAUUAGACAUCGCCACUUAGCCUGACGGGCGGGACCAAUAUUCUCCUUGCCCUAGGAUGAAUCCGUAUUGGGUACAAGCAAAACCCGCGGACUUCCCGCCUAUCGAUACUCGAUACUCGAUACUCGAUAACCGUUCUCUGUACCCUCACUGAUCAGUCUUGCGAGACGUCCACUCCUUUCUAAAAGUGCCUUGUAAUUGUUUCUUCUUUUCGCGCCUGGUUGUCGGCGGCAUUCUUUUUCUGCAUCAGCUUGAUAUAAUUCUGUUCUUCGACUCACAAUAAUCACCUCCGCCCGCUUCAUCUUUCCGCUGAGACCACGGUCAGGUCUCGAAGACAUCGAACACGGCUUCCGCAGUCGCUCCCCCGCUCUUCCGGGCACCGCCCUUUGACCCUUCAUACCGACCACCGUCCACGCCAGUACACGACUCGAGGCUUCGAGAAUAUCACCCGUCGAGCAGGGAUUACCAGCGAGCGCCUUCGCCCCUACCGCAGUCGGGGGGCUUCGGCGGGAACAUUACACGACCGUCCUCGACCAGUCUCCCUGGGACGGGCGAUCUCUUCUUGCGCGGCCACGAAAUUCCCCCACGAAGUUCGAGUGACAAUGCUGGCAGACAAUACCACUCAGAGCCACGACCAGCCUUGCCAGGCCUGGCGACACUGACGUCGCUCGCCGGGUCCGCCCCGCCGAUCAGGGUCUUCUCAGGCAGCUAUGCAUCACCAACGCCUAUGGGUUAUAACAGCAUGAUGGCAGCGGUUCCGACACCCGGGAUCGCAGGGAAUACACCGGUACGUAUAGUCAUUUCCACGAACACUGUGAGAUGGAGGAUCCCCUUGCGAUGAAAUACCUGUGGUUAAAGACACCGUUCCGUUUCUACCUGCCACUUCAAUCACAAGUCAUACGGUAUCUGCCAGCGGCAGUGGACUCUCGGAACGUCGAAGCGCAGUUGAGCGCCAAGCCACAGUCACGAGACCAGCGUUGAAUUCGAUUUGGAAGUCCAGCCUGAGUCAGCCACGAAUCGGUCAGCCACACAGGCACUGCGCUGCACGCUGAUUGACCCAGCCGCGGAUCAUAAUUCGGGCUGCUUAUCUUUUAUCGCACGCAUUGGCCGUCCAUGUCCGCAGCUUCAACUUCUCGCACUUCUUUAUCUUAUCGCUGUGUCUGGCCCUUUGCAAUCGCAAUCGCAUAUCGGAGUCGUUACCUUAUCACUAUAUCACAAUCGAUAACUGAUUCCUCCCUUACUUUUUGUCCCUUCUUCUCUCCCGCCACGCCAGCCAACCAUGGCUGCAUCGUUGACUGGGACUGACCAUAAUCUACCCUUUUCACAGCCUGUAUGUCAAAAUUGUCAGACUUCUACUACGCCGUUAUGGCGACGCGACGAAGCCGGUUCUGUUCUUUGCAACGCCUGCGGACUUUUCCUCAAACUUCACGGCCGCCCUCGGCCGAUCAGUCUCAAGACGGAUGUCAUCAAGAGUCGCAAUCGAGUCAAGACAUCCAAUCAAGGUCCUAAAAAGAAGUUGGACCAAAAUGGCCUUCCUGCCCACAAUGGCCUUCCGGCCGCACAGUCGGAUCUUACCACACCCCCAAAUGGGACCAAUGCGCACCGGCGCGUCUCACAGAUGGCCGCUUCGGUAGCCUCUGAUCGGUCGCAUUCACCCAUCUCACGGACAGGAACGCCCGGUGCCCAUCAUGAUCCUAACAUCGCACCACAACACCUGUUCGACGGCGUAGCUGCUACAACUGAUCAUCAUUUCACCAACGGCUCUCCUUCCCUUCCCCCCAUCAACCAACCCUCGCCGAACGCCGCCUCGCUCAACAACGAGCGACAUCCUGAACAACCCAUGACCUAUGAGCAGCUUGUGGCUGCCAACACCAACCUUCGAACCCGAGUGUCGGAACUGGAAGUCAUCACGAUGGUAUAUUCCGACAACGAGAAUAACAUUCGCAAGGAGCGCGACAGAGCCAUUCGAGAACGAGAUGAGUUGAAGCGGAAAGUGGAGGAGUUACAGAUGCAGUUAAAAGCAGUCAAUGACCGGGGUCAAGAGCGAGAGCGGGAGCAGCAGCAGGAGGACCAGGAGCAGAAACAUGAACAAGAAGAGCAGCGACCUACCAAAAAGCCUCGUUUGUCGUCGAACGAACCGCAAGGAUGAAUGAGUGACAUGAUGGUUUGCGAUGGACCGAAUAAUUGUAUGGUCAUCGCCAUGAUACCCAGGUGCAGGAUUAUUUCGGUGUUGUUAUGGAACUUGAAGUGAAUGGUACGGCGUGCCAGAGUGUAAUACUUAAUAUGGCCAUGAAAUGAUUUGUGCCCGGCGUGGAUAGUUCGGCGAAUGCACAAACAAAAGGUACAACAGGUAGCAAUUGGAUGACAGCGGUUCCACCAGCAUACCUCUGCCUUCUUGUCCGGACAAAGUUGUCAUAAUACUCUGUAGCGCCGCGUUCGGUGCUGGUGUUUGUCACCAGCUGGAGCACUUGAAUGAUAGCUAGGCAUGGUCUCCAAGAGUUGCUCUAAUC